AUGCUGGAUCCUCGGACUUUUCCUCGUCCACCUGCCUUGCAGCAGAUCAAAAAGAACAUUUUGAUCAAGUUUCCCGGUCCUGAUGGCCAAACAAUUGCCUCCACCGACCGUGCUUUCUGGGUACUUGAAACCUAUCAUCCACCCACCUACUACUUACCGCCAGCCUCGAUCAAGUUGGACAUGACUCCCACAUCUCGACGCACCUUUUGCGAAUGGAAAGGCGUCGCCAACUACUUCACCUUCAAAACACCAGCAGGCGAUCAAGUUGACAGCCGUGCUUGGUGUUACAACGAGCCAACUCAAACCUUUGCCGAUAUCAAAGGCUAUGUAUCAUUCUAUGCUGAUCCGCGAUGGGAAUGUUACGUCGAUGGAGAACUGGUCGAGCCCCAGCCAGGUGACUUUUACGGAGGCUGGAUGACCAGCGAUAUCGUACGCAAGUCUGUCAAGGGCGCACCUGGUACUAGAGGAUGGUAG